UAACUCGUCACAACACAACCACGUGACUUUUGCAGGGACGUGUGCGUAAUCGUGCACUAGAAUAGUUCUGGAAGAAAAAAAAGUUUUAUUUCAUACAUAAAAUUAACGUUAUGAAUAUUUUAAGUGAUUAUUGCUUUAUUUAUUAAUAAAAGAAGAAAAUUCAAUAAAAUCACGCUUCUUGCUUGAAGUAAAAUGGACUAAACGAGAGGUUGAUCACGUGAUCAACCGAAGCCAUUAUUAUUGUGUGAUGGAUCUAUCCAUAAUACGAAUGAACAACAAGUGGAUAAUACAUAGAAAGGAUUGAAGCGCAUUCCGGCAUUUGAUUGGUAGAACAAGAUGGAUAAACAUGUAUUUUACCAAUGAAAAAUCAAACCAUGUUGUUGCGACUUUCAACUAUUUAAUCUAGAGUGGACAAGUAUCACUUUGUGCCCAAAAUACCUCAACUUCUUUUAUAGGACAAGAAUUUAUUUGUGUGCCCCUUUCGUUCGUGUGUUAGUUAUUGGAUACUUUAGAUUGAAGUAGAUUAGACACACAAAUAAUGAGCAUAUAUUACGAAUGUGAACAUCAGUCGGAUAAUUCAUUGUACCUUGGUAAAUGGGCAUAGCAUUUCCUAUAAUACCAAAAUGGCUGGAGAUAAAGUAGUUGGUGGUUCUUCAUAUAUGAGUGGAGAAAAAGUACAUCAAAUUAGUGCUUGUAAUGUAAAUUCGAAUUUAGAAGAUGAAUUUGUAGAAUCCGUUGAAUACGUCCCUUGUCCUGAAUUUUUGUUCUCCACAAUAACUUGUUGUUUUUGUAACGGAUAUUAUGGACCAUGUUUUGGAGAACCUGUUUGUCCGACUUGUCAUGCAUUUUUAUUUCCAAAUGACAUUGGUUUUCUACCAGUUCCUAUCUUCAGUGAAAAGACAGAUGAUGAAGAUUCAGGAAACGAUGAACCAACUGAACUUUACUAUAAUCAUGAAAGAAGAGCAAGUCAACAACAACAAAGUUCUCCACAAAAUCCAAUUUCAAAUGUAUCAAACAUAUCAAAUAUCUCUAAUCUUAAUUCCCAUAUAUCUCCGUGUAUUCACUUGCAAAACGAAAAUAUUUCAGCUAUGCAAAAUUAUCAAAGAGUUUCUAGCAGUAUAAAUGCAAGUAGUUCUAAGAGUGCAGUAGUUUCAUCUCAAAAUGUGCAUCGCUUUCACGAUGGACAUUCUAAUAAAGCACGAGACAUAACUAAUGGGAAUAAUGGAGCUCAUUCUCAAAACCGUAAUGAAAAAAUUUUAACUGUAAAUUUUCAAAAUGUGGUUGAAGAAGAGCUAAAUAAUGUAGUGUCACAAGCUCAAGAAUUAGAAAAUUAUCAACAUUAUCAAUGGAAUUACAAGGUGCAGGAUGAUAUAGGAGGACCAUCACAAUUAUACAAUUUAUCCGAACGAUUAGAGAUGUUAACCAAUUAUAGACAUAUUGAACACGAGCCUAUUAAUGAACCAGGGCUGGUAGAACGGUUACCACCAGAGGUGUUGCUAGUUAUUUUCUCACAUUUAGACGAUGUUAGUCUUUGGUCAGCUGCAAAUGUUUGUCGUAGAUGGCAUUAUUUGUUGUCAACGCAUAUAACAUCACAACAAUGGCAACAAAAUGUUAAAUUACGGUGGCCAUUAUAUAAACCCAUUGGAUCAGUUAAAAACUGGUAUAAAGUAUAUGAUUUUUUAGCUUCCUCUGCACCUUGUAGAACAUGUUUAGCGCAAACAUGUUUAAGAUCACGACCAUUAAGAAUGGAAGAGAAUUCAUGGAGAAGAAAUCGCCUGCAUAGUGAACUCAAGAGUUUGAGAGUAGAUCCUCCUGAAGGUAUCCAAGCAACGCCUUUAGACCAAAUGUGCUGUCACUGGCAAGCAACUAUAACUGGACCUGUAGGAAGUCCUUAUGAAGGGGGCCUGUUUUAUCUUUAUUUACAAGUACCAUGGAGUUAUCCUCUGUACCCACCUAUAGUAAGAUUUCUUACAAAAAUACUCCACCCAAAUGUUUCCAGACACGGCGAUGUUGGUAUAGAUUCGAUUCAUCAUAAUUGGUCAUUAGCACUGACGAUAUCAAAAGUUUUAAUCAGUGUUCAAAGUUUGCUUACGGAUCCAUAUUGUCAGGUUUGUAUGGAACCAGAAUUGGGUGAAAUGUAUUUGACCGAUCGUGAAAGGUUUGAUGAAAUUGCCAGAGCAUGGACAUGGCGAUAUGCUAUGCAUGAUGUUGUCACACCACUAUAAAGAAAUUAUAUUAAUAAAUUAUUUGAUAAAUA